AUGGACCUGGAGAGCGUGGAUGAGCUGAUCAGCUGGGCCGAGACGCCUCUGCUCUGGGUCGGUGGGUUUACCGUGGCCUUCCUGGUGCUGUGGCUGCUCUACAGGCUGAUCACAGGCGUUAGGAUAUGGAUCCUGGGGAACGGGCAGCUCCUCAGCCCAAAGCUGGGGAAAUGGGCAGUUGUGACAGGAGCCACUGAUGGCAUCGGGAAAUCCUACGCGGAGGAGUUGGCUCGUCGAGGGUUUGCCAUGAUGUUGAUCAGUCGCUCCCAAGAAAAGUUGGAUGACGUUGCCAGGUCGCUUGAGGAGCAGUUUAAAGUGGAGACCAGGACAAUCGCUGUGGACUUUGGCAAACUGGAUAUUUAUUCCAAAAUUGAGGAAGGACUGGCUGAACUGGAGAUUGGUGUUCUGGUUAACAAUGUUGGCGUGUCGUACCCCUACCCUGAGUACUACCUUCAUAUUCCUGAUCUGGAAAAUUUCAUCACUAAUACGAUAAACGUCAACAUGACCUCAGUCUGCCAGAUGACCCGUCUAGUCCUGCCCAAAAUGGUUGAGAGAUCCAAAGGAGUCAUCCUCAACAUCUCCUCCGCCAGUGGCAUGUAUCCCGUCCCUCUGCUUACAGUCUACUCUGCAACUAAGGCCUUUGUGGACUUUUUCUCCCGUGGCCUACAUGAGGAGUACAGACGGCAGGGCAUCAUCAUUCAGAGUGUGCUCCCCUUCUUUGUGGCAACCAAAAUGACCCGCAUCAGGAAGCCCACCCUGGAUAAGCCCACCCCAGAGCGCUACGUAGCAGCUGAGCUCAACACUGUGGGUCUGCAGAGCCAGACCAACGGAUAUUUCCCUCACGCUGUCAUGGGUUGGGUGACCACCAGGCUGGUACCAAGCAGCAUCGUCAUCUUCCUGGGCGCCAGAAUGAACCGCCUUCAGCGCACAGGUUACCUGAGGAGGAGGAAGCUGCGGGAGCAAAAAAACGGAGCCAGUUUGAAAACUGAAUAAGAUGGACAACGAUGCAGCUGGCGACCAUGAUGUGCUUGAGGAAGUAUGUUGGUGCGAUUCGACCCAUGGAAGCUGCCUUAAAAUUGAACCUAUUGUGCCUGAUGAGUAAACCUUCACAACAGACAUAAAGCUGCACAGUCUACCCCUGAUGUCUGUCUGGGUAGAUGUAGCCAAAGAAUUCAGGAACUUGUGAUAAAAGUGCUGGUUUUGAUGAAUGGUGCCAAUCUUUGUUUUUUUUUUUUUUGUUGUGUUUUUUUCACUGACACUAUUGGUGGGAAUAAUGAUGCAAAAACAAUGACCAAACCCUGCUGUAGUAGACAGUGAAAACGGUGAUGGGCAUCUUUUUUAUAUCAAAUUAUUUAUUGUAUAUUUGUAAGACGUAUAUAUGCAAACACAGAAUCUGCAACACUUGCUUAGACCCUAGUUCUCUUUACUUAUGUGAGAUAUUUGAAAAUGGCAGUUUCUGUUUUUAUCAGACCAGUUUAUUUGCCUCCAUGUGCUAAUUGUUUUUUUUUUUGUUUUUGUUUUUCUCGUGGGUCUUUUUGUUUUACAAUUUAUUUAAAAUGUGACACUUUAGUGGGUUGUAGUUACAUCAAUGUCUCUUGUUCUGAGGUCAAGUCUAUCAAAUCUUUUUCCUUUCCCUGUAAUAUUUCCAGAGACGGUUGGAUUCAGUGACGGGGUGGUUUGAUUUAUUGAGGCAGGAUCUUAACUGUCAAAGUGAACGAUGCGAAGCAGUUUUCCCUCCUAAUUACGUCGUUCUUGGUCAUUUUCCUCCCAAUGUAUUUGAAUGACUCUGAUGUUGACAGACCGUGCUGUUAAAUGUGAAGCCAGGAUUUCAUUGGUUUUAGUUUUAUUCUCAACAAUCUUGGGUUGUCGCA